AUGAAUCCCAUCUCUUUCUACAGAAGCAUAACUCGACGAAUUUGUCGUUUACCGUUAGAUGUCAAAAGCAUUGAGAUUCUACAACUGUCUGUUAGACAGUCUUUUCGAUCUGCCAAGUCGGUGUCCUCCUACUCCAUUGUUCAUCGCAAGCAGUAUGAUAGACUUUCCACCAUCGUGGAUGAAAUCUUGGAAAGGAACAAAUACAGAGAGUUAGGUACCCUUUUAGACUUUAUCUACAAGGAUAAGGGAAACUUGGAGCCCUGGAAAGCACGGUUUGCCAAUAUUCGCUACAACAGAUGGAAGUCAAUAUGGCCCCAGAUCCAUCUACUACGAGAGUUUGGAAAACCGAAACAUAUUUCCGCAUACGACAAGGAAUUAAGUCGUAUGGAUGGUGUCGGUGAGUUUUCCAUACUUAAGGAACUAAAUCUUGCUGUUCCACCAGAUCUAGCUCCACUUGAGCCUCUCAAAAAGCACUCUUCAGGAUCUGACCUCAAUGCUUUGUUUGAACAGGUACAAGACUUUCACAAAUUUUUGAAAAAGAAUUCAAAAGCACUCAUGACCGUUACCUUAAAGCCUUUAGAAGUCACCUACGAGCCUUCAAGAAUAGGACUUCCCCUCAGUGUUGCAGCCAGAGAGAAGAAACUACGAUCGAAAAUCACAUACAUAAAGUCACUUUGUCAAGAGUUUCGACCAUUAAAAGACGGGUCGCUACAGCAUCUCAUUCUGGUUGCAACCGAUGAGCCAGGACCUCAAAAUGCCAUCAAUCCGAACUUUCACCGGCAUGCAAAGAGGGUUCGUGAAAGGGUGGAAAAAGCGUCUCCUUUAGAAAGAAAAUAUCUUCUCCAGAAGCAAUUGAUACCUAAUGAUCGAAACAUAAGAUUUCUCUACCGAGGAUACGUUACAAAGCAGUUCACCAUCAGGGAUGGGCGCUACACUAUGAAUCCCAUGCAAAAUUUUUAUGACUGA